GUCUACCACUCUUUCAUUCACAGACUUCCAACGUAUCUUCUUCCGUUGUUACUGUCAGAGUACAAGCUGAGGUCUCAGAAAGAAGAAACCAAGCGUAGUCGUUCAAGAUCCGGUCUACUACAGCUGUGAACGGGCCAGUCCUUGAUACACUAUCUCUUGACAGGGACUACGAGACAUGAAGACCUAGUCAAGCAGAGUCAUUAUUCACCGGGACGGCAUAAUGGCAGUGAAUUCGCAACAAGGAGCCAAUCCCGCUGAAUUUGUCUUUCCGAGAAGUUACAACUUUCCGCCAUUUUUCAGUCCCCAGCCGAACGCUUUGACCCUACAAGCCCAGCUCAAGAAGUGGUCGUUAUUCCUACAAAGAUACUGCAAGCAUCAUCACAUCUUCAAACUCACAAUCAUCGAGGCACUUGAUACUCCUCUGUUCCACAAUUCAACACUGAAGAAGCGUCUGAGUCUCAAAGAUGCUAAAGCAGUAAUCGAUUACAUGGCUAGCAAGGAAGGCGAUGAGCGGGCAGAAUGGCUUGGAUCAGAGAAGUCCGAAGCCUGGAUAUGGUGGCGCAAGCCUGAGGAAUGGGCCACUCUCAUUGCCACCUGGGUCGAGGAUACAGGUCAGAAGGGGACAGUCUUGACGCUAUAUGAACUCGUCGAAGGGGAAGCCACAGAGAAACAAGAAUUUCAUGGGUUAGAUAUGGACGUUCUUCGCAAGAGCCUCAACACGUUGGUGAAGAAGGGAAAAGCCCAAGUAUUCGGCACGGGGGAUCAGCAAGGUGUUAAGUUCUUCUAAGCCAGCAUCUCCUGACCAACAAGCAGCAACUCCAAUUGUGGCGAACUGCAAUGCAUCGCUAAAUUGAAGCCACAUACAACCACCGGAUCGACGCUUUCAUGCAAGCUCGUAUUCCUUGAUUGAGAGCACUUGCUGAGACAUUGCACUCUCCAACAUCCAAUCCGCUGCGACUAUCCGAGGGGCCUUACGACUCCCUUCGGCCAUCUCUUUGAAGCGAUUCCAUAACGAUUUCUGCUGGGUGCGGUCCUCCUCACUACUCAGAAGGUAGACUUCAAUAUUCGCAUCAGCGUCGACACCUUCGCUGUCGGCUCGACCAGACGGUACUGUUGUGCCUUUCCGACCACGCCACAGCAUGCAGCGUCCACCGUUGGCUUCCACGAUAGUUUUGAACGUCUCAAAGCCACCGCGAAUGUUUUCCAUGCAGUAAAUCCACCGGCCUCGAAGGAGCUGGUUGUCGUUGCUUUUGGCUCGUUCUCGGGACGACUGAA